GCAAAGAUGAGAAUAGGGUGGAUAAUCCUCCUAAUAAUCUCACUUAAUCUAUUAAUCAAAGUCACUGCUGAUCAGGUCUUCCCAGCUUAUGGAGGUGGUACAUUUGGUAGUGGCUCGCUUGAACCCAAAUACAAGAUUGAAUUCCACUCUGAAGACUCACCUUUUCAUCCAGAUGAUGAUCAAGAGUCUGUAAUUAUGCCCAAUAAAAAUGGGCAGAAGUUUCUAUGUUUCUUGCCUAAGGUGGAGAAAGCCAAGACUGGGAAGCCAGUUACUCAACAGAAUACAAGCAGCAUGAUUGUGGAAACUGAGAAGCGGGUUAAACUCAAGACGCCAGAUGAGCUACUUGAAGUGAUCAAGGAGCGAUGCUUUGUUAGACAAGAGGGUUGGUGGUCAUAUGAAUUUUGUUAUCAGAAGAAGUUGCGGCAACUUCAUGUGGAAGAAGAAAAGGUGGUUCAGGAGUUUAUCUUGGGUGUAUAUGAUGCAGAGGCCACAGCUGCAUUCAACCAAAACCUCUCUGACAUUUCUACACAGAAGGAUCCACGCUCAAAAGAUGCAUCACAAAGGUAUCAUGCUCAUCAAUUUACAAACGGAACCAUAUGUGAUCUUACAAAUGAGCCUCGAGAAACUGAGGUGAGAUUUGUGUGCUCAGAGCCGAGAGCUAUGAUUAGUUCUAUUACAGAGCUAUCAACUUGCAAGUAUGCACUCACAUUUCAAAGCCCAAUGCUUUGCAAGCACCCAUGGUUCCAAGAGGAGAGGCCUGUAUGGCACAUCAUUAAUUGUAAUGCACUCCCCAAGGAUUACAAGGAAACAAAAGCAGAGGAAGCUCCUUUCAAAAAUAAGCAAAUUACCAUGGCCACCGACGUUGAAUAUCCGUCUAAUCAUGGUUCAGAGCAAUAGAUUACAUAAAUACUGACACACUACUUAAUAGAAACAGAAAAGUGCACUCUUGGAUGGCUUUACUUUUCUCAGAUCAAUGCAAUAGGUUACUCUUCAAUCUCAAAUUACUUCAUGCAGUUUCAUUGCCAUUGCCAAUUUUUUCUCUGGACAUUUUGGGUUUCUUUGUAACAUUAUUUAAUGGUACUGAGACGAUUUGUAAAGGUGUAGAUGCUACCUAGAGUAAUGCAAAAUAACAAGUAUAUAAUAACAAGAUUUUUCUUGUACAAA